AUGGAUGUGGAAAUGCCUGCUCGCUAUUUCUUCAGCGAAGUGGUUGAUUGUUACCAUGAUUUCGACGGGGAAUGCGAAGACUGUGGUCUGAUAGUCCCAGAGUGGUCGUUAUUACAAUGUCAAUAUGGCUUCUGCGGGAAAUUUUUCUGUCAAAAUUGUGGAUUUCGUUGUCGCAGAUGUGGCGAUUACGAAUCCCGCGCAGUUUCCCUUUGUUCCUCUCACGCUAGACUCGUUUAUCCUUCUUGUGACGGGUGUAAGAACCAAUUCUGCGAUGUCUGUACGGACAUAUCCGUUACCCAGGUAAGUCGAAAGAACGUUUUAUGAUUAAAUACAGUGACGUGGCGGAUUACGGUAUAAUAAAUUUGUACAAUGUUCUUCGUUUCUCGUGUACAUCGCUGAGUCUUGUAACCAACAACAACACCGGCUUUUUAGUUGUACGAACACUGAAGCAGAGAUCUUUCGCAUUACCGCCGGUAACGUUAAAUUUUGAUUUCGUUAAAGGGUUAGCUGUUCCCGAGAAUCACACUUUUUAGCUUAAUUCAUUCAUAAUUUAACAAUCUUUUGAUCGAUCUUUCAACCUGCCUCGUCUCUGUAAUUACAACUUUGUACUCGUAUUGUGCUGAAAUUCUUGCAACUGUUUACUGUUGCAGGUCUAAAAUUUUUAGCCGCGCUAAGAAAGCCGUAGCUAAUACAGUUUUAAGGUAUCACCUAGAAUCAAUUUUACAGAACAUUCAAACUGAGAAACGAAAUUUUAUAGUAACUAGUGGUAAUUUUUUGAUAGAGUGGAAAGGCGAAAGAGGCUAGAAGUGUUUCCUCUGGCAAGAAAAUUGUAUUUCAUUUCAAAACCAUAUUCCUUGUGUUUCAGUGUAAUUCCUGUCUGAAGCAUUUCUGCUCCAAGUGUCAAAUCCAAGGGAACGAGAACAUAACCAAGAGUGGAAAAUGUGACCAGUGCGACAUGAAAAUACUUCGCCCCUUACAAGAAAUUUGUCGCAGCCAAAUACGUCAUGUCAUCAGAGGAGCUAUCACAACUGGCAGAUCUCCUGUUCACUCGCUGCAGUCAAAGGACAUUGACCAGAAUGUUCAACAGCUUCCUCUCCCAGGACAUGUGAAGAACUUUGUAUGCUACAAAUAAUUGGACUGACCCUUAAUACCCAUGUGAAAAUAAUGGGGACGAUUGGAAGUAUUGUUACCUAGAUCUAGCCCCAAAUUCGUGUAACUUAUUUACAAGGAAAUCUGUAGGAGUUAGAGGGGAGAAUUAAUAAUUGGAUCUUGGGAGUUAAAGGGUUAAGGCACUGUUCUUAAUGUGUGACAGGAAGGAUCAGUAUCCCAAAGGAUCUGCAUGAAUUUAUUAUCAGUAAACAAAUAAUUUUGGGAAAAAAAAGGAAUGUUAAUGGUGUAAUUAAAUCUUAUCUUAAGAAGACCAGUUAGUUAAAUAUUUCACAGGUACUUUAAUUGAAAAUAUAAAAUAAGUGAACUAGUGUAAAAAGGUUGUUUUUUAGUGUAGAGGAAACUUGAAAUUUGUAAGAGGGAAUUUGGAAAUCUUACUGAAGAGGAAGCAUAUAGAAUUUUUAAGUAUUAUAGAUUUUGCAAAGAAUGAUGAAUUUUACCUUCCACAAAUACUAACUUUCUAUUUCCAGGAAAAGUAAUAAAAUAAUAUGCUAACUUUGUAGUGUAAGAUAACAAAGAUAACUGUAAAUGUUUUAACAAAUGGUGGAAUUGUUGGAUUUCUUUCAUCACUACUGGUUAUAAAUAGAUGUCACAAAAUAGAAGGAAUUGUGUUAAGUUUGAUGCAAGCACAAAAUAAAGAAACUCAAAGGGUUUGUUUUCCUCAAAUAAGAUGCAAAAAUGUAAAGAAUGUUUGCCUUUACCCUUUGAUUCCAUAGAUUGACCAGUGUCUAAUUUCUCCCCACAUUAUCACCCUGAAUCAAACAGGUUACAAGAAUAGAGGAAAAGAUCACCAACUAAAGACACUCUUGUGUCAGCACCAUAGGAAAUGUAUGAAGAACAGUAUGGAGAUUAUGCACAAGUUGAUAUUGGGGUGUAGAGGGUUGAAAAUCUCUGAUAAAAAAUCAAGGGCAUGGUAAGCUGUCAAUUAUUGACUCAGUGUAACUGAGGAGUCAUU